AUGGCCGGGAAUACGUCGAAUAUUGAUCAAUUUGAGGCCUAUUUUCAGAGAGCGGAUGUGGAUCGAGAUGGCCGAGUCAGUGGGAAUGAGGCCGUUGCUUUCCUCCAAGCUUCGAAUUUACCCAGACAAGUCCUGGCUCAGAUAUGGACGUAUUCCGAUCAAAAUAAAGUUGGUUACCUGGGUCGUUCUGAAUUUUAUAACUGUCUUAAACUUGUUACCGUGGCGCAAAGCAAGCAAGAAUUGACUCCAGAUCUCGUGAAGGCUGCCUUAUAUGGUCCAGUUUCAGCCAAAAUUCCUCCUCCGCGGAUAGGUUCACAAACAACUCCAAAUGCAGGCCCAUCUUCUGUUCAGUCGUCUGGCAAUCCCCCCUCCACUCAAGGAAUUGGUAUAAGUGGCUCUCAUGGUUUUUUGACUCCGCAAAGUCAAAUCACCAGAAUGCAUCGGCCUCCACCUCCAAGUUCUGGAUUUCAAUCCCAGCCAGGCUUUCAAGCCCAAGGAAUUCCUGGUACAGGUUCUGCGGUUGCAUCUCGUCCCCCUAAUUCCUUUGAUUCACUUGGUGGGACGACUGAUGGCUCCCAAGCCAGACUACUUUCUCAAGUUUCAAACAGAAACAUAAUCCCUUCUGCAACUCAAGGUGACAUUGGCCUUCUGGCGACAUCUAUUACUCAACCUAAGGCACCUGAAACUACUGGGGUGGUGCAAUCUGCUUCAUCCAAGCCGAAUGAUGCAGCUUUGUCGAGUUCCCAGGUUGGGAAGGAUAAUUCAACUUUGGCUUCAGCUACAGGAAAUGGCUUUACCGCGAACUUAGAGUUUGGAGAUGUGUUCUCAGCAGCCCCAUCCAAACCACAUAAUAAUCCAGCUGCAGUUAUGUAUUCUGCGGCUAACAUAACUGCUGUCUCAACUGGGAAUUUGACUUCCUCAAGUGAACAGCCUACUGUUAAGCCAAAUGUUCUUUCUCAACCGUCGGCUAUUCAAGCAGAGCAGUUCCAGUUUACGGGCAAAGCAUAUCAACACGUUCCAGCACAAAAAUCUGCAGCAUAUCCUAUGGCAGCUGGACAAUCUCAGUCUCCAUGGCCAAAAAUGACCCAGUCUGAUAUUCAGAAGUACCGAAAGGUUUUUGUUCAAGUUGACACUGACCGAGAUGGGAAAAUUACUGGUGAACAGGCACGCAACUUGUUCUUUAGUUGGAGGCUACCGCGAGAGGUCCUGAAGCAGGUCUGGGACUUAUCGGAUCAAGACAAUGACAGUAUGCUUUCUUUGAAUGAAUUCUGCGUUGCUCUCUACUUGAUGGAGCGAUACAGGGAAGGACGCUCCCUUCCAGCGACACUUCCCAGUUCUAUUUUAUUUGAUCAAACCUUGUUGCCGAGCUCUGGUCAACCUGCUGCUGCCUAUGGCAAUGCAUCUUGGAGACCUUCCCCUGGUUUCCAACAGCCCCCAGUGGCUAAAAAUGCACGUUCUAUCACUUCUGCUGGUGUUGGAAAGCCACCUCGUCCUGUUCCCCAGCCUGACGAGCCCAUCCAACAAAAGGCUAAAGUUCCAGUCCUGGAGAAGCAUCUUCUAGAUCAGCUUAGCACAGAGGAGCAAGAUUCACUGAACAAAAAGUUUGAGGAGGCAAAGGACGCAGAGAAAAAGGUGGCAGAUCUGGAAAAGGACAUUUCGGAAGCCAAACAAAAAGUUCAAUUCUUUCAUGCCAAGAUGCAAGAACUUAUUCUAUACAAAAGUCGAUGUGACAAUCGUCUGAAUGAGAUCUCUGAAAGAGUUGUAGCUGACAAAAGAGAGGCUGAAUCUUUAGCAAAUAAGUAUGAAGAGAAGUACAAGCAGGCUGGCGAUGUAGCAUCAAAAUUAACAAUCGAAGAGGCCACAUUCCGUGAUAUUCAGGAGAAAAAAAUGGAACUUUAUCGAGCGAUCAUCAAAUUGGACCAAGAUGAUGCGCCUGGUACUCAGGAUCGAAUUAAUCAAAUUCAGUCAGAACUUGAGGAACUUGUUAAAGCUUUGAAUGAACGGUGCAAACUUUAUGGAUUACGCGGAAAACCAACGUCACUCGUCGAGCUUCCAUUUGGGUGGCAACCUGGCAUCGAAGCAGCAGCAGCUGAUUGGAAUGAAGAUUGGGAUAAGUUUGAAGAUGAAGGAUUCACUUAUGUCAAGGAGCUUACUCUUGAAGUGGAAAAUGUUCUCGCUCCUCCUAAACCAAAGUCUGCCUUAAUUAGAGAGCAGAUUCAUUCGUUAGAGAAAAAGGAUAUCGCAAAAUCACCUUCUAGGACCGAUGACAAUUCAGAACCGCCAAUUUCAGGCGAAAGAGCACAUGAGAACGAGAGUCUAAAAACUCACAACCCGGAACAAACUGCAAAAAGUUCGCCUGACAGUCCUUCAGGAAGCAAAACAGCUGUUAGUCCAACCAAGGAGAUCCAUGAUCGUCGAACAAGAGAUGUUAACGUAAAUGGCUCGCCACGUGCAUUUGACACCCAAAGUGACUUGGGGUCCGAAUCUAUACGAUCUGGGGAAAAACGGUUUGAUGAACCGGGCUGGGGUUCUUUUGAUAAUAGUAGUUAUGACACAGUUUCAGCAUGGGAUAUCAAUCCUAUCGACUUAAAGGUACAUGAAGAUUUUGGAGCCGCGCAUGACCAUAGUGAGGGUUCUUUAUUUGGUCCAGAAGAAUGGGGUCUGAAUCCGAUUAGAACUGGGUCCAAAACCACUAAGCAGGGCCCAUUUUUCGAUUCUGUUCCCAGCACCCCAAAGCAGGGUCCGUUUUUCGAUUCUGUCCCCAGCAGCCCAAAGCAGGGCCCCUUUUUCGAUUCUGUCCCGAGCACCCCAAAGCAGGGCCCAUUUUUCGAUUCUGUCCCGAGUACCCCACAGUACAAUUUCUCUAGUUCCCUCCACGUGGAUAGCCUGUUCAUGAGGAAUAAUAGUCCAUUUGCAGAUUCUGUCCCAAGUACACCAAUGUACAGUUCCAACACCUCGCCUAGAAAGUUCGGUGAAGGUUCGGAGGAUCGGUACUCAUUGGACAGUUUUUCGAGAUUUGAUUCGUUCAACAUCCAUGACAGUGGCCCGUUUAGCUCUCGCGAGUUAUCAAGAUUCGAUUCCAUGCAGAGCACGAGGGAGUCCGUGGACUUUGACCAGGGGUACUUUGGUCAACAAGAGUCGCUCACGAGGUUUGACUCGUUUCGCAGCACGGCCGACUCAGAUUAUAACUCUGGUCUCUUUCCCCCUCGUGACUCAUUUUCUAGGUUCGACUCCAUGCGUAGCACGAGGGACUCUGACUACGGUCAUGGCUUCCCGUCGUUUGAUGACGGUGCGGACCCAUUCGGACGGACUAAUGAGGUCAUAAGUUUUCCGGUGUAA